AUGGUGGCAGCGUCCGUGGCCGAGCGGGCCUACGAGGUGGCGACGCGGUCUGCGCUGGUGGCACUGGAGCGCAACCUCAUCCCGGACGCGGUGACCCGGCGCCUGACGCGGCUCCUGCUCGCGCAGCGCCUCCGCCAGGGCUACCUCCCCUCCGCGCCACUCCAGCUGCAGCAGCUCCUCCAGUUUGUCGGCUCUCUUGAAGAGAUGCCCAUUGCCAUUGAAACAGACAAAGCUAAAGCCCAACAUUAUGAGUUGCCAACUGCAUUUUUCAAGUUAGUGCUUGGAAGGAAUCUCAAAUACAGUUCCUGCUACUUCCCUGAUGAUUCAAGCACCCUAGAAGAUGCUGAGGUUGCAAUGAUGGAUCUGUACUGUGAGAGGUCAAAACUACAAGAUGGCCAGAGCAUCCUAGAUGUUGGAUGUGGAUGGGGAUCCCUUUCACUGUACAUUGCAAAGAAAUAUAGGAACUGCAGUGUAACAGGGAUAUGCAACUCUACUACACAAAAGGCUUUUAUAGAAGAGCAAUGUAGGGAAAAUGAGUUGUCAAAUGUUGAGAUAAUUGUAGCAGACAUCAGCAAGUUUGAGAUGGAGCGCUCUUUUGACAGGAUCAUAUCUAUAGAGAUGUUUGAGCACAUGAAAAACUACAAGUCACUUCUUAAGAAGAUAUCCAGGUGGAUGAAAGAGGACGGCCUACUAUUUGUUCACUUCUUCUGCCACAAAACAUUUCCAUAUCAUUUUGAGGAUAAAAAUGAUGAUGAUUGGAUCACGAGGUAUUUCUUCAGUGGAGGAACAAUGCCAUCUGCAAACCUACUUCUCUACUUUCAGGAAGAUGUAUCUGUGGUCAAUCAUUGGCUUGUCAAUGGCACGCAUUAUGCGAGAACUAGCGAGGAGUGGCUAAAACGUAUGGACAAGAGUAUCACUUCAAUAAGACCGAUCUUCGAGAAAACUUAUGGGAAGGAAUCAACUACCAAAUGGAUAGCUUAUUGGCGGACGUUCUUCAUCUCGGUAGCUGAACUUUUUGGAUACAACAAUGGAGAUGAAUGGAUGGUUGCACAUUACUUGUUCCAAAAGAAGUAG